AAAAGGAUGCAAAUUUAAAUUUUUUUUCUAAUAAAGUACACUGAAUUUAAAAUUUUUAUAUUAUAAUCUUAAUUUUUUCUCUUGACACUUGUCAACAUAGAAUUAUAUACCGAACAAAAUAUUAUUAAAAUCUAUUUAUACAUAUAUAAAUUUUACUAAUUUUUGUAAGAUCUAAAUAACUCAACAUGAGUGAUAACAUAUUAACCGAGACAUUAACCGUACAGGCUGAUGAGCCAAUGAUUGAUACUUUUGAUCUCGUUUUUCUACUUACUGCUGGAGUUAUGGCUAUUUUAUAUCUUUAUAAAGAUACGAUAUUCGGAAAUAAUAGCAAAAUUGCCACUCCUCAGCAGCCAGUAUCGACUACUAUACCUAAACCUAUAACUGGUCCACCAAAGAAAGAUAAAGAUUUCAUCAAGAGGAUGAAAGAAACUGAUAAGAACGUCAUUCUAUUCUAUGGAUCUCAAACUGGGACUGCAGAAGAUUAUGCUUCUCGUCUUGCAAAGGAAGGUCAACAAAAAUUUGGUCUCAAAACUAUGACUGUUGACGUUGAAGAUUGUAACAUGGCUCUUCUCGAUAAAUUUCCAUUAGACUGCGUUGCCUUUUUCUUGAUGGCUACAUAUGGUGAAGGUGAACCUACCGAUGAUGCUGUUGAUUUUUGGGAAUUGAUCACUUCUGAAUCACCUGAAUUUUCGGCAGGAAUACCAGUAGAAGAAAAACCUUUAUCUUCUCUUCGUUAUGUCGUGUUUGCUUUGGGAAAUAAAACAUAUGAACACUUUAACGCGGUCGGCAGAAUGAUUGAUAAUAAAUUAACUGAAUUUGGUGCUACUAGAAUUGGUGAACGUGGUGAAGGUGAUGAUGAUGGCAGUUUAGAAGAAGAUUUCCUCGGCUGGAAAGAUGAUAUGUGGAAAGCUGUUUGUGAUGCUAUGCAAGUAGAUCAAAGUGAAGCUAAAGAUGGAGACCAUGUUGCUGCUUAUAAAAUUACCGAAUUGGAAUCUUGUGACAGCAAUAAAAUUUUUCACGGUGAAUAUAGUGGACAAGCUUUGAUGGUUAAUGGAAUUCGUCCAACUUAUGAUGCAAGAAAUCCUUAUUUCUCUCCAAUUGUUGCUACUCAUGAGCUCUUCAAUACUAAUAUGACAGAUCGUAACUGCGUUCAUAUGGAAUUUGACAUUAGCGGAUCUGGUCUUGAAUAUGAGACUGGUGAUCACGUUGCUGUUUGGCCCAUGAAUGCCGAACAAGAUGUUGAGAGAUUACUUAAAAUAUUGGGUAUUUGGGAAAAGAGAGACACUAUCGUCUCGGUUGAAAGUAUUGAUCCAUCGACAACUAAGAAAUAUACAUUCCCAGUUCCAGCAACUUAUGCUACUAUUUUCAGAUAUUAUCUUGAUAUUCAUGCUCCAAUUUCUCGCCAAUCUAUUGCCACCCUAGCUACCUUUGUGUCAACGGAAGAAGGCAAAGCUAGGCUCACUAAUUUGGGUUCAGACAAAGAAUCUUAUAGAAUUGAAGUCUCUGAUGCUCACCUUUCCUUAGGUGAACUUUUGGAGUCUAUUUCUCCAAAUGGAAAACCUUUAGAUUCUAUCCCUCUAGAAUUUGUUGUUGAAAUCCUCCCAAGAGUACAGCCCAGAUAUUAUUCAAUUUCAAGCUCUUCAAAAUCUACACCAAAGACAAUUCAUGUUACUGCCUCCAUAUUAUCCUAUAAUCCCAAAACAACCCCUCAAAGGAAAGUAUACGGUCUUGCAACAAAUUAUAUACUGCAAGUUCAUCGUAAAUUAAGAAAUAUUCAACAUCCAGAAACAUCACCAUCCUAUUUAUAUUCUGGACCAAGAAAUAAAUAUUAUGAUGAGGGAACCAACUUGAUUAAGAUGCCUUUACAUGUUAGGCAUACUAAUUUCAAAUUACCCAAAAAUUCAAAACUUCCUGUUGUAAUGGUUGGCCCUGGCACUGGUGUAGCACCUUUUCGAGGAUUCGUUAUCGAGAGAGCACUUGUUAAGGCUCAAGGAGAGGAAGUCGGCGAAACAGUAUUGUUUUUCGGUUGUCGAAAACGGGAUGAGGACUUUUUAUAUCAAAAUGAAUUUACCGAAUUAUUUGCCACUCUCGGUGAAAGUGGAAAAUUAAUAACAGCAUUCUCAAGAGAACAGUCACAAAAAGUAUAUGUACAACAUAAAUUUCAUGAGAAUGGUUCACAUAUUUGGCAUUUGAUUCAUAAUCUUGGUGGUUAUUUCUAUGUAUGCGGUGAUGCCAAAAAUAUGGCACGUGACGUUAAUACGGCCCUUGGUCAACUUGCUCAAUCAUGUGGCGGAAUGGAUGAAACUAGUGCAACAAAUUAUGUUAAAGAUUUAAGAAGCAAAGGAAGAUAUCAAGAAGAUGUCUGGAGUUAAGAUGUAAAAUAAUAUUCGUUACAAUAAUUUGACAGAUUCAUAUAUAGACGUAAAAAAAGAUUAUCGUCUCCUUGAUGGAGACGUUAAAUAUCAUAUUUAUUUUUUAAAUUAACAAUUGAAAAUUUUGAACUUUUUUUUAUAUAAACAUUUGUUAUACGCUUUUUAAAUCAUUAAAAAAACUUGAUUUAUUGAGAUUUAGCAUUUUACAUAAUUAUUUAUAAUGUAGAAAUAUAUUUUUUUUCCUUUAGAUAAUUCACUAAAAUCUGUUAAUAAAAAAUUAAAAAAAAAUAAAAAAAUAAA